AUGGACCAGCAGUACUUGACGCCUCCGACGUCGUAUCGUCUGGCCGAUAUGGCUCAAGGCGCCUACGACAUGCCACUCAUGGCCAUGCAGAAGCCGCACGACUCUCACCCCUCCAUGGGUAACCUGGUACUCCUUGUCUUCGAGGCUGUCCUUGAGGUUGUUUGUGUCAGCUUGCCCGGCUACAUCGUCGCCCGCAUGGGCCAUUUCGACGCCGACAAGCAGAAGUUCUUGGCCAACCUCAACGUCAUGCUCUUUACGCCAUGCCUAAUCUUCACCAAGCUCGCCUCCCAGCUCAACGCCGACAAGCUCCUCGAUCUCGCCGUUAUCCCCAUCAUCUUCGUCAUCCAGACCCUCGUCUCGUGGCUCGUCUCUGUUGGCGUCUCGCGCCUCUUUGGCUUUAACCGCCGCGCCUCCAACUUUGUUACGGCCAUGGGAGUAUUUGGCAACUCCAACUCGCUGCCCAUUUCUUUGAUCUUGUCUCUCUCACAGACAAUCAAGGGGCUGCACUGGGACAAGAUUCCCGGGGAUAAUGACGAUGAGGUCGGUGCCCGUGGCAUCCUGUACCUAUUGAUCUUCCAGCAGCUCGGUCAGCUGGUGCGUUGGAGUUGGGGCUACCACGUGCUGCUCGCUCCCAAGGACAAGUACCCCGAGUACCAGGACGAGCGCGUCGAGGAGGGACAGUACGUCAGUGACCGGGAGUCGGCCCCUCUGUUGAACGAGUACGACGACGGCACCGCCUCCUCCCGCAGAUCAUCUAGUGACGACCUGUCCAACUAUGAACCCGCCGGUCGCACUCCUGUUGCUAGCAGAUCCAGGGCUUCGCCCGCCGACACCGAAGACGAGGACGACGACUAUCCCAAGAAGGCGAAGAAGGCCAAUGGCCUCGCCCCCCUCAACGGCAACCAUCCCGUUUUCGACGGAACUGGCGAUGAGAUAUCGUCUUUCCCCCGCAUUCGUAACACGGAUGAACCCGACGUCCCCGAGGGUGUUAAGGGCUAUCCUUCCCGCGUUAACAACGCCAUUGCAUCUGCUAAGCGCUCCACGUCCAACUUCUUCAAGGGCCAGUACGCACGCCUCCCGGUUCCCAUCAAGAGGGUCCUCUCGGCACUGAGCCGCGUCGCCGGCAAGUUCUAUAAUUUCCUCUGGGAGUUCAUGAACCCGCCUCUGUGGGCCAUGCUUACCGCCGUGGUUGUUGCUUCCGUUCCGGCUCUGCAAAAGAUCUUCUUCGAGGAGGGGUCGUUCGUCAAGAACAGUUUCACCGAUGCCGUCCAAUCAAGCGCUGGAGUCGCCGUUCCUCUGAUUCUGGUUGUUCUCGGUGCCAACCUCGCUCGCAACACUCAGAAGAGCGAGAAGCAGCGCGACGCCGAGGAGGAACAAAUCGGAACAAAGCUCCUCGUGGCUUCCCUCGUGUGCCGUAUGCUUCUGCCGACUCUCAUCAUGACCCCUGUCCUGGCCAUCUUCGCCAAGUAUGUGCCAGUCAGCAUUCUGGACGACCCCAUCUUCGUCAUCGUCUGCUUCCUGUUGACCGGUGCGCCGAGCGCCCUUCAACUGGCUCAAAUCUGCCAGAUCAACGAGGUCUAUGAGAGCGUCAUGUCAAGGAUCCUGUUCCAGAGCUACGUCAUAUGGAUUCUCCCAUCUACAUUGAUUCUUGUCAUGUGCGCCCUGGAGGUCGUAGAGUGGGCUGCUUGA